AGUAUCUCUCUGUCCAGCAAGGUGUGCAGGGACUUCACUGCUCCGAAGGAACCCUCCCCGGGACUGAUGGGGGAAACAGUCAUGAAAAAUCACCAAGCGCUGCUUAAUCAGGGGGAGGAAAAUGAGAUGGACAUAUUUGGAUACAGGACCAGCACUUGUCGAAAAGCCUUGUGCAUAUGUGGAUAUAUAUUGUCCGUUGGAUUUCUGUUGCUUCUAUUCUACUGGAAACCAGAAUGGCAUGUAUGGGCCAACUGCAUCCCAUGUUCCUUGCAAGAAGCUGAUGUUGUAUUACUCAGAACCACAGAUUCCUUCAAAGAACAUACAUGGAAGAAUGUACUCUCAAUUCAGUUAUCUGCCCCUGAAUACCAGUCUUUCAGCGCUGUCACACAGGAUGUGGACUCUGUCAUUACUAAGGCGGUGAUUAAGCCUGCACUACAGGUCCGAUACAUUCAAGUGCAGAAGAUCCGGUACAUAUGGGAUGACUGUAUGAACCAGUUUACUAAGUCUGGAAUCUUGGAAGACCAUUACACUUGUGCAUCUAUACAUAACAAUUUUGGGCAUGGUUUUUUGAAAGAGGAGCAGGAUAUCAGGAGGCUUAUCUGUGGGCCCAACAUAAUAGAUGUUGGGAUUGUUCCAAUAUGGAAAUUGCUUUUCAAAGAGGUGCUAAAUCCAUUCUAUGUGUUCCAGCUGUUCAGUGUUUGCCUAUGGUUUGCUGAAGAAUACAUUGAAUAUUCUGUGGCUAUUAUAAUCAUGUCUUUGAUUUGCAUAGGCUUGUCCGUGUACACACUAAGACAGCAAUCAGUUAAACUGCACAGACUAGUUGAAUCUCAUAAUAACAUCAAGGUUUCUGUAUAUGGAAAACACAAAGGGGUCUUCCAGGAAGAAUCCCGACACUUGGCUCCCGGUGAUGUCAUUGUGGUUGAAAGAAAUUCACUUCUCCCUUGUGAUGCAUUGCUCAUCAGCGGAACGUGUAUAGUCAAUGAAAGCAUGCUUACAGGUGAAAGUAUCCCAGUAACUAAGACUCCGCUGCCCAGUACAGACAACACCGAGCCGUGGAAGGUUCACAGCGUGCAUGAUUACAAGAGGCACAUACUAUUCUGCGGGACUCAAGUCAUCCAGACCAAGUCUUCGAACUACAUAAAGGCUGUUGUAAUGAGAACAGGUUUUAAUACAGCAAAAGGUGACCUGGUGCGGUCCAUUCUGUACCCCAAACCGGUGAACUACAAACUGUUCAGGGAUGCAAUGAUAUUCCUUGGCUGCCUGAUUAGUGUGUCCAUGGUUGGGAUGAUCUAUGGCGUUUGUGUAUUUACUUUAAGUGGGGCUGAACCAGGAGAAGUCGUCAAGAAAGCUCUAGAUGUCAUCACUAUUGCAGUUCCUCCUGCUCUUCCAGCGGCUCUCACAGCAGGAAUCAUCUAUGCUCAGAAGAGGCUUGAGAAAUAUGGGAUCUUCUGUAUUAGCCCUCAGCGUAUUAACCUCUGUGGCUCAGUGAACCUAUUCUGCUUUGAUAAGACUGGAACCUUAACAGAAGAUGGCUUAGAUCUUUGGGGAAUUGUCCCUUCCAAUGGAUAUCAAUUUAAAGAUAUCAUUCCAGUCUCAAGUGGCUCAUCACUUUCAUGGGGGCCUGUGUUGGGAGCUAUGGCUUCCUGCCAUUCAUUGAUUUUGUUAGACGGGACUGUACAAGGAGAUCCUCUGGACUUGAAAAUGUUUGAGUUCACGUGCUGGGACAUUGAAGAGGCCCCAGCAGGUCACAAUGAAGAGUCUAUGCAGUCCAUGACUGUGAAACCAGGUCCUGAAGCAAAUAAGGUCACUGUUGAAGGUAUUGUCAUCCUACAACAAUUCCCAUUCUCCUCUGGCCUGCAACGCAUGUCUGUGAUCACCCAGAUCCUCAAUGGUGAUGAAUAUGCUGUUUACAUGAAAGGAGCUCCAGAAAUGGUGGCCUCAUUUUGCAUACCAGAUACAGUUCCCAUCAACUUUUCAGAUGAGCUGGAGCUUUACACAAAACAAGGCUUCCGCGUUAUUGGGCUGGCCUACAAAAUACUGGACAGAAACGAGAGUAUAAACAUCAAAGCUUUAAAGCGGGAUGAAGUGGAAUGUGACCUAACCUUCCUUGGUCUUCUUGUGAUGGAAAAUCGCCUUAAAUUGGAAACCAGACCAGUGUUAAAGGAGCUGUCUAAUGCCAGGGUCAGAACUGUCAUGAUUACAGGUGACAAUCUACAGACAGCUGUAACUGUUGCUAAAAACUCUGGGAUGAUAAGAGAAAGUAGCAAUGUUAUCUUGGUAGAGGCCAAGGAACCCACUGAUUCUAGCUUGGCAUCUAUUAAAUGGUCUCUUGUUCAGGGUGUAAAACAAAAGAAAUUUGAAGAAGUGGACAUUUAUAUUGAUAUUCGGGAAAAAAAUAAACCAGACAUUGAAAAGCCUCCCUAUUAUUUUGCCAUGACUGGAAACACUUACGAAGUCCUUUGGCGUUACUUUAAUAGUUUGCUACAAAAGAUACUCCUCGAUGGAACUGUUUUUGCUCGAAUGUCUCCAGGGCAAAAAUCAAGCCUUGUGGAGGAAUUCCAGAAAUUAGGAUAUUACGUUGGUAUGUGUGGUGAUGGUGCAAAUGACUGCGGUGCCCUAAAAAUGGCUCAUGUUGGAAUUUCUUUGUCUGAACAAGAAGCUUCAGUGGCGUCACCAUUUACAUCACACACACCAAAUAUUGAAUGCGUCCCACAACUAUUAAAAGAAGGAAGAGCUGCUCUGAUUACCUCCUUCUGUGUGUUCAAAUACAUGGCGCUUUACAGCAUGAUCCAGUAUAUUGGGGUGCUGCUACUUUACUGGCAGCAAACUUCUUAUGGAAACUACCAGUUCUUGUUCCAAGACUUGGGUAUAACCACUAUCAUUAGUGUGACAAUGAGCUUGAAUCGUGCCUAUCCAAAGCUUGCCCCUUAUAGACCACCAGCACAACUGACCUCUCCUCCUCUGUUACUCUCUGUAUUGUUAAACAUUAUCCUCAGUCUCAUCUUACAAAUAAGUGGCUUUCUGAUUGUGCAAAAACAGAUCUGGUACAAUUCAACUGACAUCUAUAGUGCCUGCAGCCCAGCUAAUGGGAGUUACUUAAAUGAGACGACUAGGAAUGACUAUAUACUGCAGCCACAGGACCCAGCUGUGAAAGCUGAAUACCAGAGCUACGAAAACACGUCCGUUUGGUUGUUGGCAACUUUAAACUGUUUAAUUGUUGCUUUUGUAUUCUCAAAAGGGCAACCGUUCAGACAACCCUUUUAUACCAAUUAUCUGUUUGUCAUUGUGAUUCUAGUCCAGGUCGUUGUGUGCCUUUUUCUACUAUUUGCAAAUAUUUCUAAUUUAUAUAUUACUAUGGAGCUUGUAUGUACCCCCCUCCUGUGGAGAGGUUGUUUAAUAAUUAUGCUGCUGAUUGUAUUAGCACUUUCAUAUUUUUCUGAGGAAAUAAUCAUUGAGAACAGAAAACUCUGGAACUUGCUGAAACAUCUAACCAACUAUAGAUCGAAGAGUCCAUAUAAGAAGCUACAACACUCAUUGUCAAAAGACUCUGACUGGCCUCCACUCAGCUCUAAAGAAGUAGCAAUGACUACGGACAAAGCACUAAGAAGUGAAUUGGGAGAUUAUGUGAAUCCAACUUUUCAGAACAAUGAGAACCUAUGACAUGUUGAACUAGCAAGCAGUUUAAUGGCCUUACUUUAUUAAACUCAGGUGUACGUUUUUAAGAAUCAAAGUGUUUCCCUGUAGAAGAUUUAAAAAAAAUGUAUUUUAAAGAAGUCCCCGUAGGCUGGGUUUAUUGCAGUAGUGUACCGUGCGACCAAUAAAUUUGAGCGAAUUGAAGUAGCGAAGUGGAAAAAAAUUUUUGUUGCAAAGCCGAAUUUCCUCGUGCUUCAUGGUAACAAAUCUAUUUUUCCUGAAAUGGCAGUAAAAACAAAACAAAAACAUUCAUUUGCAUGCAAAGAAGCCGUUAAGAUGACCAUCUUGAUUGAAGACACUGUGCGAAAUCUCACGUGGGGUGGCGUGUGUGUGUGUCAUCGUGCUGGUGGGGCGCAGUGACAUAAGUGACAUCAUACGUUACCCUGUGCAAGAUUUUGCGCAGUUUCUGCAAUCCUGAUGGCUGCAAUGACCUCUUUGUGUGCAAAUGGAUGAGGUGAGUAGGUAUGUAUUUUUUUUAUUUUUAUCGCCAUUUCAGAAACAAUAGAUUUGUUACUAUGAAACACAAGGAAAUUCGGCUUCGCGGCAAAUCCAAAUUUUCCUGAAAUUCGGAUCGAAGUCAAUUUGUUUGGCUUCGAUUCACUCAACACUAAUUACACCCACUGGAGAUGCUAUGGCAUAACAUUCUAAAGCCAUAGCCAUUUACAUCGAAUUACCACCCCUCAUCCCACUUUGCAGCUAAAAUGGCUUCUACUCUUCUGAGAUGGCUUUCUACAUGGGGUUAGGUCUGCUGUUGCACAAGAGGACGUGGCUCUCAGUCUCUACUUCAUACCUAAAGCUGUUUGAGGUUGAGGUCAGGGCUCUGUGCAGGCCAGUCAAGUUCUUCUUCACCAAACUUAAUUAGCCAUGCCUUUAUGGGUUUUGGGCAGAUAAUACUAUGGGUCGUUUUUCAGGGGUUGGCCUAGGCCCCUUAGUUCCUGUGAAUGGAAAUAUGAAUUUGUAAGCGUACACCUUUGUGGGAACAGUUUGGUUGAAGGCCCUUUAUUGCUUCUUCCAGUACCUCCGUUUGUGUAUAAACACUAGCAGAAAUUUGCACCCAAAAAAAGAUAAUUUGGCACUGUUAUUUUAACUUUAAAUAGCAGAAAAAAUUUGACAGUGCAGUGUGCUGGGGCACAGUUAUGCUUCGAUAGUGCAGCUAUGCUGGACCACAAAGUUAGAAACAAGGAAUUGUCCAAAAUGUCUUGGUAUGCUGAAGCAUUAAAGGGGUUUUGCCAUCCUAGACAAGGGGCAUAUUGCUAGGAUAUGCCCCCAUUGUCUGAUCUGUGCAGGUCCUACCUCUGGGACCCGCACAUACACAGAGAACGAAGUGGGGAAAGUAGUGGAGGGCACACUGCACAUGGGCAGCCGCCCUCAAUUCAUUUCUAUGGGGCCGCAGAAAAUAGCCGAGCAGUGGCUCAGCUAUUUCCGUUGGCCCCAUAGAAAUGAAUGGGAACGGAGGCCUCGCAUGCACAGUGCGCUCCAAUUCACUUGUAUGGCAGCAGCGGGGUGUAGCGCUUGGUGGUGGCCGGACCCUGUGAAACCCGGGGUCCUCCAGCCUCAACUCUUCCUGCUCCGUUCUCAUUGUAGGUGCGGGUCCCAGGGGUGGGACACGCACCUACUGUAUCAGACAAUGGGGGCAUAUCCUAGCGAUAUGCCCCCAUUGUCUGUGAUGGGAAUACCCCUUUAAGGUUUCCCUAUAGUGGAACUAAGGAGCUUAGGCCAACUCCUGAAAAACAACCCCAUAGCAUUAUCCCUCUGCUACCAAACUUUACAGACUGCACAAUGCAGUUGGGCAGGUAAUGAUCUCCUGGCACUCCCCAAACCCAGACUCAUCCAUUAAACUGCCAGAUAGACGCAUGAAUCGUCACUCCACAGAAUAUUGCUGGUAUACUUUACAUCACUCCAUCCAAAGCUUGCCAUUGGGCUUGAUGCUCUCGGAAGACCGUUUACGUGCUGAUGUUAAGGUAUAGAACUCUGCAGUUAUUGGCAGAGCAUUGGCAACUUUUAUGAACUAUUUAUCUCAGUACUCUGUGACCCUGGUCUGUAACGUUAUGUGGUCUGCAACCUUGUGGCUGAGUUGCUUUGGUUCCUAAACACCUCCACUUCGCGAUACCACUCACAGUUGAUCACGGAAUAUCUAGAAGGGAAGAAAUUUCAUGAACUGUCCUAUUGCACUGGCAGCUCUCUAUUACAGUACUAUGCUCAAAUUCAGCAAGCUCUUUAGGAUGAGCUAUUUUUUCACAAAUGUACGUAAAGACAAACUGCAUGGUUAGGGGCUGGAUUUUAUACUCCUGUGGCAAUAGGACUUAAUGAAACACUUAAAUUCCAUGAUUAAGAGAUGUGUCCCAAUAGUCUAUAUUGUGUAUUUUUUUUUUGUAAAACAUCAGGGUGUUCUUUUAGGCCACAUGAGGUUUUGUUUUUAUUGCAUUUGAUAGUUCCUUUAUUUAGUUUAUUUUUGUUUCUAUGCAAUAUGUGUAGAUUAUGUAUAUAUGUGCUUUUUAAUAUUGACCUCUAGAAAAUGUAUCCUAUUGAUGUAAAUUUAGAAAUGUACCUUUUUAAAAAGUGAUACCGUUUACAUGGAAAGGUAUACAACAUGACCUUUGAAAAAUACGGAUGAAAUGUGACACACAAUAUGUCAAAUACUGGCUGCCAUUAUCACCAACGAUUUCUUAAGACAGGAUUUAUAUAUUGCAGUAAUGUGUAUUGCAGUACAACCACAUACAUGUACCACAAUUUUUUGCUGUGGUUUUUGCCCAUGUUUUUAUUUUUAUUGUUUCAUCUGUACAUAACUGCAGCAAACUCCAUGUAGCUUUGCUGCAGUGUAUAACCUAGCCUACAAAUGACCCCCAUUGUGUGCCUGUCCUUUCAUGUACUUGAUUAAUAACAAAUGCAUAAAGCAAUUAUCAACUACGUUAUUUUUCUACUACAUAGUGGCUUAACUAGAGUGCUCUGGCACAAACUUUGCACCGGGCUCCCCCAUGCCUUAUACCCACAAAUAUUAAAUGGGUUAUCUAGGAAAAGAUAUUCUUGACUUAUUAUUCUCAGGAUAGGUCAUCAAUAUCGGAUCUGCAGGGGUGCGACACCUGGGACCUCCGUUGAUGAGCGCUGCAGCCUCUUCCUAGGCAGCAGCUCAUCACUGUACAUCAGCCACAUGGCCUAGUUGCAGCUUAGUCCCAUUCAAGUCAAUGGGGCUGAGCUGCAAUACCAAGCACGGCCACUAUAUGAUGUACGGCGCUGGAUAAGUCAUCAUUAUAAUUUCUUUGAUAAUCCCUUUAAACCCACUUUUGCAUUUCACAGCAGAUUUUCUGCAGAUUGCUCCUAUGCAUUGAAAGAGUAAAUUCCGUGGUGAAAAUCUGCUCUGCAACAUACUGAAUUGAAAAUCUACAGUGCACUCAUAUUUCCAUGUGGAGUUCUUCUGUUACAUGUGGUACACGUGGAUAGGGUUUUGAAAACAAUAUGUACAGUACAUAUAUGAAACGGUACAUUGGUGCACAUGUCUAAUCAUGGCCUGUGAAUUCAUGCCCCCCACUUUCUGAAAUCUAAAUGACUAUGCUGAAUUCAUGCUCCCCUUACCCUGUUGAUCAAAUCCAUUGAUUUUAGAAAAAUAUCCCCUGUGCUCUUAAAGGGGUUAUCUGGGUUCAGAGCUGAACCCGGACAUACCCUUAUUUUCACCCCGGCAGCACCCCUGAGGCUAGCAUCGGAGCAUCUCAUCCUCCUAUG